CCCCAUCCACCACCGCUACCACCACCCACCACCAUGGGGAUUUGCAGUUCAUGCGACUCCACAUCUAUAGCCACCGCCAAAUUAAUAUCACACGACGGAACCCUACAAGAAUUCUCGUCUCCGGUGAAGGUCUCUUACGUCUUACAAAAGAAUCCGGCCACCUUCAUUUGUAACUCCGACGAGAUGGAAUUUGACGACGUCGUGUCGGCUAUCAGCGACGACGACGAGCUUCAGCUUGGUCAGCUUUAUUUCGCGCUGCCAUUGAGCCGGUUGAGACAUCCGCUUUCGCCGGAGGAGAUGGCUUCAUUGGCCGUGAAAGCCAGCUCCGCAUUGGCGGGUUGUCGCAGGAAAAACCUUUCUUUUACUACCUCAGGUGAGAAAUGUCAUGCGAAAAGUUCCGGUCGGGUAGCGGAUGUUGGGGUUUUUGAGACAAGAAGCAGGAGGAGAGGCGCCGCAUCCGCCGGCGGCGGCGGUAGUGGAAAGAGACGGAAUUUUACGGCAAUGUUGAGUGCCAUACCGGAAUAAUUGUGAAAAUGAGUGGCAAAUUUGUAAAUAUUGUAAGAAUUAAGGGUGGUAGUUUUAGCGAGAUGUAUGGAUUGCUUUAAUC